CUCUAAAAAUUAUCCUUAACCCAAAUUUUUUUUAAGAAAUAUCUCAAAGUAGUCACACAAACCAAACUUACACACCUAAAAAAACUCAUUUUAUAUACUCCUUAUACACCUCAAAAGAACACCACCACAUUCCACUAUCAAAAAUACUCUCCACUAUCAAUAAACCAUGUCAAAACCUCUCUUCAAUCUCUUCCUCUUAUUCUCAAUCCUCUCUUCAACAAAAGCUAAUCACCACCACCCACCACCCAAAACACCCUCAAAUUUCAUAUACUCAUCUUGUCUUACCACCCAAUACCCUCCUCUAUGCUACCACAGCCUCUCCUCCUUUGAUACCAAAAUUGGCCAAAGCCACCGUCAACUAGCACUAACAGCUCUAGCUAUUAGCUUAUCUAAAGCAAGAUCAACUUCUAAAUUCAUCUCUCAAAUUAAAAAAAUUAAAGGAAUCACUCAAAAUGAGCUUAAGGGUAUUAAAGAUUGUAUUGAUACAAUGAAUAAUAGUGUUGAUCAACUUGAACAAUCAUUUGAAGAGUUGGCUAAUAUUGGGCAUACUAAUGGGGAUGAUUUUAUGUGGCAUAUGAGUAAUGUGCAAACUUGGGUUAGUGCUGCUUUAACUGAUCAAAGUACUUGUUUUGAUGGGUUAAAUGAUGGAUUAAUGCAUUCAAAUGGUGCUAAAAUUAAGAGUUCUGUUCAAAUUAGAGUUAAUAGUGUUGCUCAAGUUACUAGUAAUGCUUUAGCUUUGGUUAAUCGUUAUGUUACAAGAUAUAAUAAUGGUCAUGCACAUCGUGGCAAGAAUCAUCCUUAAGUAAAAUUUGUAACAUUGUACAUGUUGUUUUGUUUCGACUUAAUUUGUUCUAUGGUGUUAUAUGAAUUAGUAAUGUGAUAAUUAAAUUUGAAAGAAGACUGCUAGUCUAUAAGAAUGAAUUAAUACGUAUGUGUAUGUGUUUUUUGGGCGUUAUAUUUGAUAGAAUAAAUUGAACAUAAAUUAUUUUUAAACAAUUUUCAUUCUAUCUAUAUUAAUUAAUGUUGUGAGCUAGCUAUAAAGUAUAUGUAUAAACAAAUUAAGGUUUAGUGACAUAGCUAAGUUGUGAUCAAAUGCUGUUUUAAGUUGUUUAAUUUGUUUUUGAAGAUGAAUUCUAUAAGUAAAGUAUGUUUUUGUUUGUAUUGAUACCUAAAUGAAAGUUCAGUUUCAUAAUUUGGUGUA